AUUAGUGGUUAAAAAUACACUUUUAUUUAUUUUAAAUGAUAAAAUAAAUUGAGUUUUAAUUGAUAUUUUCAUGAAAUUAUUGUAAUAUAUUUUAUAAAUGAAAAUAUUUGAUUUUGAUUCAAUUUAUGUCUUUCUUAUAGGAAUUAAAGUGUAUUUUUGUUGAAAGAAAGAGGAAGGAGCAAAGUUGAAAAGAAAUGAAGAAAAAAAUGGCAUUUUUGUUGAAGUCCAAAGCAACCCAACCCAAAAAGGUUAAGUCUAGCCCAUGAAGCUCAUCAUCAAUUUUGUCUCUUCCAAAGCAUGUGAUGCAAUGAUGAUAAGUCUAGGUCAUCAUCAACCCUAUUUUCCUCUUCCACACUCAACCUUCAUCCAAAGAGUAGAAGUCAAAAUCACAAUGAUAACAAAAAUAAUAUUAAUUUUAUUUUUGAUUUGAAAUGUCAAAUUUAAUCUUAAUAUUUAUUUUAUAAUCCCAAAUUUUUAUUUAUUUAUUUUUAGUCCUUUUAUGGCUCUAUAAAUAGGAGCUCAUUUUAGUAAUUGGGUGUGUAAUUUUUAGUGUAGAAAAACUAUAGCAAAAUUCUCUCAACUUUUCUUCUCAUCUUUUCUCUUUAGAAAUUUUAUGAGAAUGAUUAGCAUAAUGGCCUAAUCUUCCUUGGAAGGUUAGGGAUGAUUCCAUAUGCAAAGUGAGGUUAUUUUGUAUCUUUGAUUCACUUUUUGUUGUAAUGUUUAUUUGAGUAAUGCAAGUUCAUAUUCCACUUUUAUUUUUAUGUUCUUCUUCCAUCUAUACUAUCUAUGCUAUUAUACCAAAUAUAUAUAUAGACUUAGUCAUGCUCUUUCUAUAUAUUUUUAUUUAGUGAUUAUAGUAAUGGUAGUAUUGCUCAUUUCUAUCUUUUAUGUUCAUUUUUAUUUACUUUUUGUUAAAUGAUAUAUAGGUUUAGUCAUGCUCUCCCUAUGUGUCCAAAAAUUAAUAAAAGUAAUAUUAAUGUUCAUUUCCUUCACUAUCACCUCCAUCUCCAUCUCUAUCUCUUUGUCAUUAUUUUUACUAAAAAUAUAUAGGAUUAGUCAUGCUCUUUCUAUGUGUUACUAUUUAGUAAAAAUAAUAUUGAUGUUUAGUUUUAUAUUUAAUCUUUUAUUGCAUUAUUGCUUGAUGUAUAAUGUCAUUUCUAGGUUCUACAUAAGAUUAAAUUAUUUCUUUUAUUUUUAAGAACUUGUAUACUCAAAAUAUAAUGAACUUCAAUGUUACAUCAUUGUGUCAACUUAGUGAAUCAAAGGUACAAAAUAGCUAAACAAGCAUAUGGAUGAUUCUUGAAGCCUUUCUCUCUUUUAUUAUUGAUUACACCUUUAUUUGCUUUCCUUUAAUAUUUAUUACCAAAACAAAAACCACAAAAUCAUUUGUUACUACUAUCACUUAUUAUUAACCUUUUGUUUUUAUUUUUCUACUAACGCUUUUGUCCAUAAUCACCUCCCUGUGGAAUCGACCGCCCGAUCUAUACUACAACCACCGCUAGUGGAAGUCACAUUUGGGCGUUAAACAAAUUUUGGCGCCGUUGCCGGGGAGGUAAUUUUUCGAAAGCUAGUGAAAUCUACAAUCAAGAGGUUAGUAACUUUUUUUUUGUUAUAUUUUAUUUUCUUGUGAAUAUUGUCUUAUGUUGUGUAAAUAUUUGUAAAAAAAAAAUUACCAAGAAUUCAAAGUAUGCUCUAAGGUUGCGGUUUUAUCCGAUCUUCCUUAUCAGAAAUGAUUUUUUGAAAAAAAAAAAAAAAUAGUUAACAUCUUCUUGUAUUUAGUUUUACAAGUAUAAUUUUUUUUCUUGACAAAAAAAAAGUCUAUUCCCUUUAUUUUUUUUUAUUAUUUUUUUACUUUAAUUUUUGUUUAGUGUGAUUGUUUAUACUAUCUUUUAGUUAUUGUUUCUUUUUUUUCAUUAGUGUUUUAUUUGUUUUUUUCUUAGUACUCAUAGCAUUUAAGUCCUCUAAAAAAUCAUAAAAUACAAAAAAAAAAAAAAGUAAGUUAUAAAAACUUCUUCAUAAAACGCUUAGUAUUUGGUACAACGGUGUAAUAUUGUAUAUGACACAAACCAAGAUUGUUCUGUCUAGAAAGAUUGGUUUUUAAAUAAAGUUUGUGUUAGUGUACCCUCCACCUUACCUGGGAACCUCGGUUCUGUCUAGGCAAGGUUGGGACGAAGCGGUACCUUGGCAACCUUUCCAAUUGGCCUGGGAACAUUUUUGUGUUAAUCAUUGUAAUAUUACAUUUUUGUGCUAUUUACUAUAACAAAAACAACCUUGUUUUAUCAAAAAUAAGCAACUCAUUUUUGCUUAGAAAGGUCUUUGGUCGAAAAGGUUAGUGAACCCUUCACACUUACCUGGUAACCCCGGGGAGUUCUAGUAAGUUGUGAAGGACCAUUCUAAAAACCUCCAAAGUAACCUGGGAACAAGUUGAACAAAAAAAAUUAAAUAUAUUUAAAAAAAAAAAAAAGCAAACAAGAGUGGAUGAGUAACUCUUCUUCUGACGAAACCACUUCUAGUGAAACUUCGUCCAAUCCAUCUACUACUCCUUCUCCCAUUCACACGAUAAUCGGUAAUCCUUUCGCAAUGAAUAAUAAUAAUGAAAUACAACAGAGAACACUUAAUGAUUACCUUCACCCCACCCAAACUUCCAUACCAUCAUGCUUCAUAUUUCCACCUAAUAUGCCAAGUCUUGGUGUCAAACCCGGCAUUAUUCAACUUUUGCCAACUUUUCAUGGAAUAGAAAAUGAAAAUCCAUAUGUGCAUAUUAGGGAAUUUGAGGAAGUUGUUGACACUUUUUAUGACCGAGCAACCAUCAAUGAUGCUGCACGCUUAAAGUUUUUUCCCUUCUCCUUGAAGGAUAAAGCUAAAAGUUGGUUGUAUUCUUUGAGAUCUAGGUCUAUCGGAACAUGGGAAGAAAUGACCAAAACAUUUUUUGUUAAAUAUUUCCCUGUCCAUAAGACCAACAGUUUGAAAAGACAAAUCUCAACAUUUUCCCAAAAAGACAAUGAAACGUUCUAUCAAGUCUGGGAGAGAUUUAAAGAUCUCUUAAGUCAGUGUCCACACCACGGGUACGAGAGUUGGCGCAUCGUCAGCUACUUCUAUGAAGGCCUCACAAGUCGUGAGCGCCAGUUCGUAGAAAUGAUGUGCAACGGUGAGUUCCUUCAAAAGGAACCCGAAGAAGCUCUUGAGUUUCUCAUUGAGCUUGCUGAAAAAUCUCACACAUGGAUCGGUCCAAGUGCUGCUGAAAGCACCAACAGAAAUCGACUAGCUGGGAUUUACCAACUUCGGGAAGAGGACAGCUUAAAGGCCCAAGUCGAAUCUUUAAAAAAGCAAAUUGAAAUCCUUACGACUAAAGAUGGCCAAAAAGGGUGCAUGGUUGCCCAAGCACAAUCCAGACCACUCGAACCUUGUUUCGUUUGUGGAGAAAAUGGGCAUUUAGCUAAGGACUGCUUAGUUUACAAAGAAAUGAAGGGGGUUCAUGAGGAGCAAUGCAAUGCCUUAGGGCAAUAUAACAAGCCAUUCUCCCAUACGUACAACCCUGGUUGGAGAAACCACCCGAAUUUCAGUUGGAGAGAUAACUCUAACCAAGCUCAAACAUCUGGAGGACAAUGGAGAAAUGAGCAUCAAGCUCAACCUCCAAAGGCAUAUCCUACGCCUCAAUACAAUGCUCAACAACAAGGGAACUCCCUUGAAAGCACUAUUCAUGCAUUCAUUGAGGAACAAGCUAAAAUCAAUCGCCAAUUAAAGGAAGAUGUCCAAGAAAUAAAAAGUCAAUUUUCAAAAUUGACCGCAUCCUUGGCUAUUUCUGAGAAAGGCAGACUUCCUUCCCAGCCUCAAUUUAAUGCACAAGGGCAACACAUGGCUGAAAUCUCCACCUCUAAUGAUCCCAUCGUUAAAGGGGUUAACGCCAUCACAACAAGAAGUGGUAAAGCUUUGGAAGAUCCAUCCAUCAAAACCACUACUUCAAAUUCAAAAGUUGCCCCUGACAGUGCACCGAUAAAUGGUCAAGCAAAAGUACCAUUUCCCCAGGCUCUUAGACCUGUUGGGAAAAUUCCUGAAAACCGAGCUGAACUCCUUGAGCACUUGACACAAGUGAAGAUUAAUCUUCCUUUGCUUCACAUCAUAAAACAAGUGCCAGCUUAUGCCAAAAUCAUCAAGGACUUGUGCACUGCUAAGAGAAAGCACCAUGUCAAGAAGACUGCUUUCUUGACUGAACAAGUGAGUGCGGUGAUCGAACAAAAGACACCGCCAAAAUACAAAGAUCCUGGUUGUCCCACCAUUUCAUGCCAAAUUGGGACUCAUGAAGUCAGCCAAGCUUUGCUUGACCUUGGCGCGAGUGUGAAUCUCAUGCCUUACUCUGUGUACUCGCAACUUGGUCUUGGAGAAAUGAAGCCAACAUCUGUUGUCUUUGCGGCUUCUUGCUGA